GCGACGCACAAAUUGGAUCAUCCCUCUAACAUGUGGCCCUUGACGCACGUGAAAGGUGCGUAUCGGGCUCACGGGCAUCGUCACCACGCUUCUGCUACACGGAAAUCGCCCUCUCCCGGAACGGCCUUUUGGGAUCAAAAUCAACACCCUGUAUCGACGCUAUCUACAAUCUCAAGGUCGGCGCUGGUGGUAGGCGUUAGCGCUGCAGUCAGUCAACGUCAGUGGAUUAGAUUGAGACGAGGUAUUCAUCCGCUAGCCGGCCUGGAGAUGCAUGAUAGUGCUAGUAGAGGCCCUUGGGGGUCUAUGUCUCUCUUAUCUCGGGCUGGAGGUAAGUCCAGUUUUGGUUCCGCAAUGCGUGGAGAUUAGGGCUGCUGUUUCUCAAACUCCAGCGAUACUGUGUCUCUCGGGGUCAUGGUCAC